AUGGAUGUUAAAGCAGAAUCAUUAAUUCCAAUUAUUAUUACUGGUCCAUCUGGUGUUGGUAAAGGAACCUUAAUUGAUAGAUUAAGAAAAGAGUUUGAUGGAUCAUUUGGACAUAUUGUUUCACAUACUACACGUAAACCAAGAGAUGGUGAAGCCCACGGUGUUCAUUAUUAUUUUACAGAUAUCCCAACAAUGACUAAAGAAAUCGAAAAUGGUGAUUUCAUCGAACAUGCCAACGUUCAUGGUAACUUUUAUGGUACCUCAAAGAGAGCCCUUCAAGAGGUUGCUGAAAAAGGUAAAAUUUGUAUUUUAGAUAUCGAUGUUCAAGGCUGUGAAUCUGUUAAAAAAGCUGCUAUUCCAUGUAAAUACAUUUUUAUUUCACCACCAACUUUUGAAACUUUAGAAAAGAGAUUAAUCGGAAGAGGUACAGAAACUGAACAAAGCCUUAAAAAAAGAUUAGAAACAGCUAAAAAAGAAAUGGAAUAUAGAGAUAUGCCAGGAUUUUUCGAUCACGUUAUUGUUAAUAAUGUUUUAGAUGUUGCAUAUGACGAAUUAAAACAAAUCAUUUUACCAUAUAUCAACUAUCAAAAAUCAAUUUCAAAAUAA